CACUGUCACCAAGCCGUCCGCUCCUGAGCUGUUUUUCAUUUGUCGCGUCUUGCAUGACUCCCUAACUGUUUCUCCCACUCUCCCUCCUGCUCCGUCUCUGUAUCGGCUGCGGGCUAGCUGCCUGACCGCCGCACUGCUCUCCCCGGCGAUCCUGACUGACCCCGUCGUUGACUCAUCCCGUGCGCUCGUUAUGAGGAGGCGUUAAUGAUGUGCGACCGUUUGCUAUAGCACUAGAGCCCGGACAGGCAGAGCGGACAGAGCCUUAGCAAACAAACAAACAGGUGGACGGACACGUUUAACCACUGGCAAACGGUGAGCCUCACAGACAGAGACGCAAGCGGAACAGAGCUUUCCAGAGCCAAGCAGGGGGGAAGGACGUCUGCCUGACUGAGACGGAGAGCGGCUGUUGCUCUUGUUUUUAUUGUCUGCCGUCUUAAAAUCUCACUGGAUGGUGUGUAGCAGCAGGAAACGGUGUCAGCAGUUUGUGGAGCAUGGGUACCACUGCCAGUGCUGCGCCACAAACCGUCUCCUCGUCCAGCUCCCUGUCGUCGGCGGCGCCGCCUCACCAUCAACCGCUUGAGGGUAUCCAUGGCAACGGGAUGGCGGACAGCAGGCAGUCUCUCAGCAUGAGUUCCUUUCAGACCGUGAACGUCCACAACAACAAGGCCAAGUCCAUCAUCACCAACAAGGUGGCCCCAGUCGUCAUCACGUAUAAUUGCAGGCAGGAAUUUCAGAUCCACGAUGAUCUCCUUAAAACCAACUACAAAGUGGGCCGGAUAUCAGACUCAAUGCCCGAACACUACAUGGUCCAGGGGGAGUUCUUCCUGGUUCAGGAUGUGAACAGCAAGGCUGAUGUCCUCAACACUACAGGCAGCCACGGAGCGCCCAACUUCCGACAGGUGAAGGGAACCUACCCUCUAUUUGGAAUGGGCCAGCCCAGCCUGAAUGGCUUCAAACAUGUCCUCCAGUGGCUGCAGAGUCAAGGGCACGAGGAGGUGUAUUUUUUCUGCGUGCGGGAGGAACCGGUGGUGUUUCUUCACCUGGAAGAUAACUUUGUUCCUUACACCCCCCGGAGGAAGGAGAACCUCCAUGAGAACCUCCAUGGCCUUGACAAGGAAGGGACCGUGGAGAGUCUGGAGCUGACCAUCAGGAAGGAGCUCCAUGACUUCGCCCAGCUGAACGAGAAUGUCUUCUACGUGUAUAACGACAUAGAGCACUUCAAGGACGAGCCCCAGAAGAUGACCAUUACCUGUGAGGAAGACGUCCGUGUCACAGAGGAAGUCUACAAGAGACUGCUGUUCACCAUGCCACUCUACAGAUACCACAGGCUACCACUACCAAUGGAAGGAGCGCCUCUAGAGAGAGACUUUGAUGCCUUUAUUAACAUUCUGAGGGAGUGCCCCAACCUGUCUUUGAGAAGGGACGUGUCCAGGCCUUUGCCUGCCCUGUUGUUCAGCUGUCAGGUGGGGGUCGGGAGGACCAACUUGGCCAUGAUCCUGGGAACGCUGGUCCUCAACCAUCUGAAGACAACCCAGGAACCACAACAGUCCAAGGAGGCUUCAGGGCCAGACACCAAGCCACUAUUCCAGGUCAUUCAGACCCUGAUCAACAAACUACCUAAAGGAAAGCAGAUCAUGGAAGAGGUUGACCAAGCUAUUGCUCUGUGUUCAGAAAUGCACAACAUAAAAGAAGCUAUAUAUGAAAAUAAAAAGAAGCUUGAAGCUAUUGGAGAUGAUUAUCAGAUUCAGGGAAGCAGUACCAAAGACUACUUUCUCCACAGAGCCAUCCAGAGCCUGGAACGCUAUUUCUACUUGAUUGUGUUCAAUGCAUACCUUCAUGAACAGUAUCCUCUGGGCUUCGCGUCCAACUUCAGCACCUGGCUCUGUGGUCACACCUGGGUCUACCGACUCCUGGCUUGCAUGGACCAAUCAGAACUCUCUGUUCCGCCGGAUUUGAUCACGAAAGGAACUCGCAUUCUGGUUGCUAAUGAGUCCUUAUCUCCAGACAUCCUGAGCACUGUGAAGGAGAUGAAGGUGGCCAACUUCAGACGAGUUCCCAAGAUGCCCAUCUACGGAAUGUCACAACCGACAUCAGAGGCAACGGGUGCAGUUCUGGCCCACCUGACUGAUGACAAGAGGAAGUACCGCCACAUCUUGUGGGUCAACCUACAGGAUGAGCUGGUGCUGGAGGGGAAUGGACAGGUUUUCACACCCAGAGAGCCCUCCUGUCCGGAGCAGCACAUCCCUGUCCCUGCUACAGACCCUACACAGAUAGAGGGACUAGAGACAGCCCUGUCGGAGGAGGUCCAGCGGGCCCAGAAGUGGCUGGAGGUGUCUCUGGAGCAGGAGAAACAGAUGAAGAUGUUUAAAACAUGCCUGACAGUGCAGGAGGUCUUCAACCAGUACAAGGGCUCAUACCAGGGCCUGGUGUACAAACGCAUCCCAUUGUCAGACUGCUGUGCACCAAAGGAGGAGGACUUUGACAAGCUCAUGGAGGCCAUCAAGUGUACUUUGGCAGACGAUUCCCACUCUGCCUUCGUCUUCAACUGCUCCAGUGGCCAGGGAAGGACCACCACGGCCAUGGUCAUAUCUGCUCUCACCCUCUGGCACUUCAAUGGCUUUCCUGACUUUGGUGAUGACGAGAUUGUCAGCGUUCCUGAUGCCAAGUACACAAAGGGAGAAUUUGAGGUGGUCAUGCAGCUGGUCAGGCUGUUGCCAGACGGCCACAGGAUGAAGAGAGAGGUGGACGUGGCCCUGGAUUCUGUCAGCGAGACCAUGACACCCAUGCACUACCACCUGAGAGAGAUCAUCGUCUGUACCUUCAGACAGAUCAAGAGUGGGAAGACUGAGAAGGAGAUGAAGCAGUUGCUCCUGAGAAGUCUUCAGUUCCUGGAGCGUUACAUGUACCUGAUCCUCUUCAACACCUACCUGCACCUGGAGAAGAAAGAUUCCUGGCAGCGUUCCUUCACAACCUGGAUGCAGCAGGUAGCUGCCAGGGCCGGGGUUUAUCACCUUCUGGAUCAGUUGGGCUUCUCUGAGUUCCAGAACCCUCUUGACACGCCUCUGGCCAGGAUCCGUGGUCGCUGGCAGCAACAGAACGUCCAGUCGCGUCCCUUCAGGGGGAUGUUCAUCUGAGCGGAGGAGAUCACUGUGAACCGCCAAGCUAUGGAUAGGCCGGAAAUGGACGCCUAUUCCCUUUUUACGUGCACUGUUUUUAACCAGGGCCUCAUGCACUGCGAAGGGAUUAGGGUGACAGUUUAUUUGACCAAUGUACUUCUGUGCUUUUUCCUUUUUUUAAUGUUUUUUUUUUUUAUAUAAUAAUGCUUCAUAUUUGACCAGCUGUAUCACUCAGAUACAGUAUUACUUUGAUAUUGCUAUUUUAAACCCACUACCUGUGGUAUGUAGUAUUUUAAUGAACUGCUGUUUUAAUACUAUCAGUUGGUUUCUCAUGUUUUUCAUUCAUGGCUUCUCUGCUCUCUCUGCUGGCAAGAUUCUAGCCUGCAUUUGUGCGAUUUGCUUUAUUUUUUAGUAUUAAUAUAGGAUCAAAAUCAAUUAAUUGUUUACUUUUUUAUUAAUUCAUUAAAAUGAGAAUAUGGACAUUAGGUACUACUAAAAUAAGUCUACAUUAACUGUCAUUAACUGUAAAGCAUGAAGGUUAAAAUGCUAAGUUAAUGUUGAUGUAAGGUUUAAGGAGGACUUACAAGUUCGAGCCACUCCAGUCUCAUAAUCACCAAUCUGAAAUCUUAUUCCAGCUGAGGAGUUCCAGCAACCAAACCAGUUAAUGGUUGAGAGGACAUAAUCCUGUCCUAUUGGUUGAGAAGACAUAAUCCUAUCCUAUUGAAACCGACAGAGCAAAACGACUUCCCACACACCUCAACCUCAUUCUGAUUGGCAUUUUGAUUGGCGAGACACCUUCAGGCAAGGUGAGACCAGUUUUUGAGUAUUUUUUGCAGGAAGCCGGCAAUUUCAAUCCGUCCGCCAACAAUUUUAUUUUCUGCCGUGUGGAUACACCACCACACGGUCUCUGUCCGUAUUACCGUUUCUCUCAAAGCUAAAAAUACAGUUUAAACUGGAGACAAUAUUAAGUGAAGCCUUUGUGCAGCUUUGUGCAUCCAAUCUGUUAGCUCUAUUGAUCAUAUUAGCGUACUUACUGCCAAAGCCAAGUUCUGCUCUGUAUUCUAUCACUGCUUGCAUGUGCCUCUGUCUUGUCCACAGCCAUUUCUCCUCUCAGUAAAGGGGCAACCUUUUGUACUUUUGAAAUAUUGUUCGGAAUUACUCUUUUUAAGAAUAUUUGAUUUACUGCAAUAUGUGUAAACUAUGUCAAUGUAAAGCAACACUGUAAAGCCUCAAAACAUGGUAAGAAAAAGAACAUUUUGAUGUCACAGAUGGUAGCACACGGCUCUGUAUAUGAAUUUGAGAGUGGCCAGAGUUUUCGGGUAUUAGAGCCACAGAGCCUAACCAGGGAUGAAUUAAUCCCAGAUUCUCCCUUUAACUGAUAUUUUAUAUUAUAUUUGGAACACCUGCUGAAACCAUUCAUGCAAUUGCCAUUUCAGAGUACCCCCUGUGCCAUUUCCACCAGUCUUCCACCCCUCACAAUGGCCCUCCUUUGUAUUCUUAUCUCCUUUCAGUGUUUGUUUGAAAGAUAACUCCAUUUAAUGUUUUUGUCCACAGCGCAUUCAGAAUCUGAGAGAUCAGACUUUAAGUCGGCCUAUAGUUUGUUUAAGAUGUAAAUAUUGGCCGGUAAAUACAACACAGUGUUUUCGAGUGCUGAUGAAAUAGCUUUCGCACUCUGUGAAGUAUGUAUUAUUUACGAGUUUUAGCCUGAGGGCCAAUUUUUAUUAUUGUGUAAUAAAAUCCUCAUCAAGUAUGUUUGGCUAUUCGAUAAUAGGAAUGCAGUUGACAAGAGCACAAACACAAUUGUAACUAAUAGUGAUAGCCAAACAAGGCUUCUUUAGCGUUAUUGUAGCACCAGGAUAUUAUGCUGGCAGCCCUCAGAUUUUUUUUAUCACAAUAAAAGCUGUACAAAUUUGAAGACAUGAACAAUAUUGUAACGGACAUCAAACAUAAAAUGUACAGACUAGACUGUUAACUAUAUUGCCUUAUAUAUUUCAAUUAUGGUUUUUAUUUUGAAAAUAAAGUCUGAGUUAGCGCUGCUACAGUAGCAUAAUAUCCUGCUGCUAGAAGAACGAUAAUAAAGCCUCAUAAGGCCAUCACUAGUAACUAGACUAGGACUGCUAUAUCCAGAAUAGCAGAAAACAUCCCUAGGCCAUUGAUUCUACUGUAUACAAUGGUUCUUAGCUGACAGAGACAGAAAUCGACUUAAUGCAAUGUGUUGUGUAGGCUACAAAUGAAUGAUCCAACAUUAAUUAUAUUUUUCAGUGUUUUCAAAUGCCAUUACUAACGUGCUUUAGCAGCCGUAGAGUAAUGUUAAUGUAGCCAGGUACUGAAAAUAAAGCCAUCUAGAAUAAGGUA